AUGUUUAGGUAUGUCCCGUUUUCAUCUUUGCAAAAACGCCCGCGCCGCGAGCUGCGCGCGCCGGGGCUCUGUCUCACUCACGUGCCGCAAUAUUGCCGCGCACCAACCUCGUGUUACGUGUAUGCCAACCAGCAGUUCUUCGACGGCUCGCGCUGGCAGUGGACGGUGCCGCCCCUCCGCGCCGACAACGCGCUGGUCAACGGCCCGCUCCCGCUGAUGACUCUGUGGAGGAAGGAGCGCGGGCUAGAUGCCGAGUCCGACCUCUGGCUAGCGACGCCGCACGGCUUCGACGAGGCGCUCCCAAAGGGGCACGAAGACUGGGCCUUCUGGCUGCAGCUCACGGAGCGGCUGCCGCUCGACUCGGUCCCGCGGCUCAUGCGCACCCUCUUCGCCGACCUGUACCCGGUGCGCAAGCUGCUGAUCGACCACCACGAGCUGCUCAAGCCGGCCGACGAGCCGAGCCAGAAGCCGGGCAUCACCGAGGCGGUCGUCAUGGACGUCUCCGUCUCGCAGCACCUCCACCCCACCCGCCCGGAGCCGCACCUCUGGUCGGGGAUGAUCCUGCAGGCAAAGGGCGACCUGGCCGGCGCGGCGGCCGCGUACAACGCCUCCGCCGCGCUCGCCGCGCCGUACGAUUGGCAGGGCUCCUACCGCUUCUGGCGGGCGCUGCUCCUGCUCGGCGACGGCGCCGCAGCGGCGCGCGAGGAGGCGGCGCUCCGCCGGCGGUGGGGCGACGCGCAGAUGCGAUGGUACAGCACAGACGCUUAUGGUGACGUACUGCCUGCCGCGUCGGAGUGA